AAGAGAAUUGGAUUUAGGAUUGAACUUUGCAAGGAUUGGAACCCAUCUUGGGGAGGAGAAUACUUGUGGAAUGCCCCGCUCUACGUUAACAAAGCUUCGUUCAACAAGCUUUACCUGUUUGCCGCAGGUCCAGCUGCUGCUGUGCAGGUUCUUUUUCCUGAAGUUAUUGAGAGCUGUUAA